CAUAAUUAAAAUUAUUCAUUGAUAUUUGUUCAUAACAAUUGAAAUGAGUUCUCACUUCCCCUACGUAUAUAUACUUGAUAAGAUACAUUUUAUCAGAUUAGAUAAAAAGAAAUUAUAAGACGUUAUGGAGGUACUAUACAAAUUACCAGUCAAAAGGGGACCUGCAUUGAAAGUAGCCUGUGUUUAUCAUUUAGUUGUUAAAAAAGUUACCAAAUAGAAGAAUGACUGUAUUGAGUGAACAGUUUAUGCUUCAAACGUAAAUUUGAUGGACGCAUUAAAGAAUAUAUAAGGAUUUCGUGGCAGAGUGUGUUUUAGAAGGCAUCUCUCACAAUUGAAAAUGGGCCUAUCAUGUGGCAAGGAAAGUUUUAAUGUGGAUAAAAGCACAAAAUUCACAUCUCAAUCACAAGGAUUUUAUCGAAGUUUUGAAAAUCUAAGCUACUGGGACCGUGUUAAUCCCAUAAAUGGAAAAAAAACGGUACAACAGCUCGAUGAAGAGAGCGAUAGCGUGGCGUCAGCGUCGACCAUACCCGUGAACGGUAGUAAUGGUGCAAAGAAUAAUUUGUCACUGGUAGAUAGCAAGGAUAACAACGACGAAGACGAGAUAAAACAAGCAAACGACAGCGUGAUCGAAGAAUACAAGGAGAAGUGACGUUUUUAGACAAUUUCACAGAUAUAUUUAUCGGUCUUCACAGCGAUUGAUGCGCUAAACGUGAUAUUGAGCACAGUCAAUUGAUCAAUAAAAUCAAAACUUUUUUAUGCCUUUUCUAAUAACGAAAAUUAUAAAAUUCACUCGAGACCAAUAGUAAUGAUAGGAAAAGAUUAAAUUGCACAGGUAGUAAGUACGAUUAUAUAAUUAAACUAAAUAAUUAAUCGAAACUUGUAUGCAUGCUCGCAAAAUGUUGCCAAAAGCUAAUCGCACGACAAAUUAGUUGUAUCAAAAUCGAUAACACUUGAGCAAACAAUCACGAGAAAAGUAACAUUUAUAUUAUUAUUAUUAUUAUUAUUAUUAUUGUUAUUAUUAUUAUUAUUAUUAUUACUAUUAUUAUUAUUA